AAUUGCAACUUCUGCUGCUCUAGUGGGACUCUUCAUCAGUGGAGAAUGGAAAGGUUUGUCAAGAGAGAUGGAGGAGUUUGGUCUGGGAAGGUUUUCCUAUGCCAUGACUCUAAUUGAAACAGCUAUAGCUUCACAGAUCUUUGUUGUUGGGACAAUAGGAUUGAUUUUUGAAGUAUCUUCUUUGUUUUCCAAUGCCAUAAGUGUCUUGGGUCUGCCUGUCAUACCAAUUCUAGCUGUGAUCUUCUUCCAUGAUAAAAUGGAUGCAAUAAAGGUAAUAGCCAUGGUGUUGGCCAUAUGGGGCUUUGUUUCUUAUGUCUAUCAAUGUUAUCUUGAUGAUAAAAGCUCCACGAGUGAAUAUAGGAGCAGCAAUGAAGUUUCCAAUAGCCCCCUACUUGAAGAAGUUAGUUGAUGGAGCAAUCAGGCUUUCAUAAUUCUAUCUAAUAUCAUUAUUUUCUGCAAAACAAGAAAUAAAAUCUCAAAAGUAUA